AUGGCUAUAAAACUUGAUAUGUCAAAAUCCUUUGACAGAAUAGAGUGGAACUUUUUGGAUGUUGUUCUUAAAAAGCUAGGUUUUCAUAAGGAUUGGUGUAGGAUGAUAUAUGAGUGUGUCUCCACAGUUUCUGCCUCGGUUUUGCUGAAUAGUGCACCAGGGUAUCAAAAUGACAAGGGAUGGUCCAGCAAUAAGUCAUCAUUUUUUGCUGAUGACUGUGUCAUUUUCACUAAAGCUAAUAAUCCUAAUGCUAGGCAAUUAGAGAGUAUUAUCAAAGAUUUUAGCAUUUACUCAGGUCAGUCUAUAAAUUUUGAUAAAUCAGGUUUUGCUUUUAACCCUAAACUUGAUAAUUCAAUUAAGGUUAGCAUUUCUGAUUUACUUAAUAUUAAAAAACUUGCUCUUAGUGACAAGUAUUUAGGGGUUCCAUUACUUAUACAGAAAAACAAAACUGAAACUUUUAGCCACUUGGAGGAUGAAUUUCAUAGAAGGUUAGCUGUUUGGAAAGGCAAGUAUGUUAAUCAGCCAGGGAGAACUGUUAUGACACAGUCAGUCUUAGGCUCUCUAGCCUCUCACCAUUUAGUUGUCUUCCCUAUGCCUAAAAAAUUAACAGAUAGGCUAGAUGGUAUUCAGAUGAAUUUCUGGUGGAAUAAAAGUAAGGAAAAAAGAGGGAUAUACUUAAAAAAGUUUGAUGAUGUAACAAAACCAAAAGUGUUAGGUGGUUUAGGUCUUAAGAAAACUGCUGAUAUAAAUGUUGCUUUGCUUGUUAGACUUGCUUGGAGGAUGCUUCAUGAACCUGAUGCUCAUUGGGUUAAAAUUUUAGAGAAUAAGUAUUUCAUAAUUCCAAUCCUCUGCAUUGUGUCCAUGUAA